AUGUCGAGGCCUGGAGGACUUGGAAACGCGCGCCCUGCUGAUGAUGAGGUCAACCUGCUCGUUGCGAGCGUGAAGGCCGAUCUCGAAAACAAGGCUGGCCGAACCUUCGCUGAUCUUAAGCCCGUCUCGUACGCCACGCAGGUGGUGGCUGGCAUCAACUACUUCGUCAAGAUCGCUGUGGCGGAAGGCGAGUACAUCCACGCCCGCAUCUACCGCGAUCUCCAGAGGAACGUGAGCGUACACUCGGUGCAGACCGACAAGUCGGAAACUGAUGAGCUCGCGUACUUCUAG